CAUACGAAAGGAGAGAAUCUGGGUAUAUCGUGGGAACCGUGGAUCUGUGUUUCAUGUCCGAGCAGAAGCAACGGCUACCCCUCAGCGGCUAGCAGCAGGCCACCUCAUCAGACAGGGGGACGAAACCGCCCCCCCUAAAAGAACACGGAAUCCGAAGUACCCUCUGAUAAUGGCUUAGGCCCCAGUCUGUGUCAGUGAUGAGAUUCCACAUUUUUAUCAACAAGGAGAACCUUUCACUGCGGCGGAACCUAGCAGGAAUCUAUCAUGGCCACCACCUUACAUUGCCCGUCCCGACCCAAGGAUGUGAAUGAGCUCAUCCGCCGGCUGACGAGCGCGGAUCGCAAUAAAAAAGAGGCCAGAGCACUGCAGGCCUUGGUCUGCAGUAUGGUCGAGUUGUUUCAGAACGAAAAGAAGUCUACAUACUUGAUUGAAGCCGCUCAGCUGGCUGCGAUAGUCGACGAAGCACGAUACAAAAUCCUUAUCUCAUCUUUUUGCAACGCAAUCAUUGAAUAUACCUCGGACAAUAAUAUUCUGGAUCCGGCCCUUCUCCAAACUUUCGCCCACGCUUUGCGUCGCAGGGGGACUUUGUCGGCUGAUAAUGCGAAUUUGGGUGCAGCGCUGGACAGCCUCCAUAUACGGCUUGAUAGAGCUGCCAAAGCUGCCGAAUCAGAGAAGCAGUACCAGCUGAUAUGCACGCUGAGCAUUGUUCUCGAUGCCAUGGUUGAUAUUCAUGUCACGGGCAUAGACCGUGAGUGGUUACAUAAACCACUGCGGGAUCAGCUUGACAGAUAUCGAAAGGCCCCUGAGCCACGUCUAAGGCAAGCCGCAAGCUAUGCCUAUGAGGCUUUGCGGGGGGUGCCUGAUAAUGAUGGCCCCUGGAAGGCGUUCUGUCGGAUUAGCUGGAAAGUGAUCUCUGUAUUGGCGGCUGUGGCCGGAGGUAUUUCAGAGAUGAACCCGCAGAACAUUAUCGAUGCUGCUCCGGAUGCCAUGGAAUUGUUGCAUGCCUUCAGGACUCUUGUGCGAACUGGCAAGGAAGUGAUUGAGGGAACAGAGAGCUUGAAGGACGCAUUCUUAGAUACGAUGAAAGGCCUGAAAAAGCCCAUGUUGUGGUACGGCACUCUCCGUUAUUGUCGCCUGCUUAUUGAAGCAGGAAUGUUUGGGUUGCUCAAGAAAAUAAUACCUGGACUACCUGCAUUCAAGGAGGCGUUCUGGGCCGGUAUCUAUGCUCAGCUUGAACAGACAUGGGUGGCAUCGAAUGAAUUGAAAUCCGAGAUUCAGGACUUUGCGGAAUGGUUACAUGGUCAGGAGUGCCUCAGGAUAGCCACUAGCAAAUAUCCACAGAUCUCCGAGUGGAAAAACCUGCUUGCCAGCACUUUGAAAAAUCAUUGCUGGGAACAGUCUAUGCCCGGAAAACGUCGCCACCAUAGGUACCAAUUUUGGAGGAAGGAGAAACACAAGCCGAGGCUAGACCUUUUCUGCUAUCUAUCAAACACUCUAGACACAACGUCAUGUGUCCUGCUAUCAAAAGCGUGGGAUCAAUGCCUGGAAGCCAAGCAAUACUACGCGGAUUGUCGUCUGAUACAAUAUUACACUGAGGGCGAUCAUCUGAAGAUACGGAGGAUCUCCGGCGAUGGUUUGGAUCUGCGCCAAUGUUACAUCAACCUCAGCGUGUUGGAACAAUCACCAGAGAUAGGAACACAUCGUAAGGGGUUUGAGCUUUCUCUUCGGGCCAGGCUCAAGGUCGAGGCACCGACGGAAGGCAAAGAGACGGAACUCCAGGAUCUCUUUAAUGAUCGGAAUAGACUAGAUGGCAGCAGCGGCCGUCCUAGAAGGAUCCUCAUCCGUGGCCGCGCAGGAGUUGGAAAGACCACACUCUGCAAGAAGAUCGUCCAUGAAUUUCUACACGGCCGGUUGUGGCCGGAACAUUUUGAUAGGAUACUUUGGAUCCCGCUGAGGAAUCUCAGGGCGAACCCGACCCUAGAAGCAUAUCUGGAGGACCAUUUCUUUGCCACAAGUGCAGAAAAGAAGCUUCUCGCUCAAGCACUGUGGAAGAAAGUCUUCGGUGGCAGUAACCGUACCCUUUUCCUCUUGGACGGAUUCGAUGAAGUUGUGGGUGAGCGGACUGCCGGGGGAGAUCUUGUCGAUGCCUUGAAAGACCUGUUCGACCAGGACAACAUCAUCAUGACAUCGCGGCCAUAUGCAGUCAUGUCGUCCCUGCCAGGCUUCGAUUUAGAGGUGGAAACGAUUGGAUUCCAUCCCCAUCAGGUACAAAAUUAUGUUGUACGGGUCGUGAAGAACGAAGUCCAUGCGAAGGAGAUUCGAGACUUUAUUGAAUCCCAUGCAAUCAUAGGAGGGCUGCUUCAGAUCCCCGUGCAGUUGGAUUCACUGUGCUUUACAUGGGGAGAAGGGCUUUUAGAGCACGAUGCCAAGACCAUGACAGCCCUUUACCAGGCCAUCGAAGUCAAACUUUGGAGGAAGGAUAUGGUACAACUGGGAAAGUCCGACAAACUGGGCCCAUUAACCGAUAGUCGGGCUAGGACCUAUCGUCUGCGAUCUCAGAUUGAAACAGUUAUGGAAGAUGAGGUUCGUUUAGUCGAAAUGCUGGCCUUCACUGGCCUCUACAACAACAUCAUCGAAUUUCAAUCACAGCAUAGAGAUGCGCUGUAUCAACGGUUUCCCCAUCUGAACGAUAGCAUGCUUGAUGGGCUCUCUUUCCUCCGGAGCCCUGAGUCUUCGACUGGAACAGUCAACCAAACUCGUUACUUCGUUCACCUUACCUUCCAGGAGUAUUUUGCAGCAGUAUAUUUUGCUCGCUGUUGGAUCACGGAUGUGCCUCUUGAUGUCAUCACCUUUGAAUCGGGUGACAGCAUGCUGAAAAAGCUUGAUCCACAUGAUCUUAUCCGAAUUGAGAAAUACAGUGGGCGCUACAACAUCAUGUGGCGUUUCACUGCGGGACUACUCUACAAUCUGCGCGAAGAAAGAAGACUGCUUCAAUUCUUCGAGGCGCUAGAAUCAAAGCCGCGCGACAUGCUUGGUCCUGCACAUCUGAGACUUCUUAUGCAUUGCCUUCAUGAAGUUCCGACUCAGAGGGUCCAUCCUGAUCUAAUGCUAAUCAAGUCGAAGACGGAGACUGAGCUUUCGCGGCUUAUCUCCUAUCCCGCGUUCAUCAGAUAUGAUUCAAGAGAACUCUUGUUGGUGACCGAUUUAGAGAUUCCCGAGUAUAUUCUAGGGAAAUUACUGGGAAGUUGCAGCGACAAAACUCGAUUAUAUCUUCUCAGAGCCCUCCGGAAACGCACGAGAGUAUCCCGUGAUCUAUUACGCAGUAUUGCUUCUGAUAUAACGGAAAGGGACAUCGUGUCGGACUUGCAGAAGGAAGCUCUGUAUGUUCUGGCAUGUCAUGGCGACUCCAUUCCUGAAAUAAUCAUGGGGCUCCUAGACCAUCCAGACCGUUUGGGAAACAGCGAUUCCGACAUAAUCAAAGCGAUCGGGUGGCCUUUGGCACGCUGCGCCGUUCCAACGAACAUAUUUGACAAGCUGCGCUUAAAUGAGCGAUCAUUACUAAGGCAAAUUGCUGGAUCAUGCCUGAAAAAACAGCUACCUCCUUACAAGGAAAGCUUUGAUGCGGCGAAGUUAUUGCUCCAAGACCCGGAUGUUCAAGUCAGAGACAAUGCUCUUUUAUCCUUGCGGAUGAAAAGGAACUUGCCACCAGAUAUCGUCAAAGUCCUAGCCGGCAUAGCCGAAAACCAAAGCGAGGGAUAUGGUUUGCGAAGAGGCGCAUGUACCACUCUCGGAGACCAAAACGUACUGUCAAGUGAGAUCCUAUCAACACUCGAGUCCCUGGUCACAGAUGAUGAUGGCGGUAUUGUAGAAGUGGCUGUAGAGGCUUAUUGCUGCCAUGCGCCUCUUACAGAAUACAUGCGAAGCGAGAUGCAAUCUCGUAUCACCAAUGGCAAUGCCAAAUCUCUGCAUCGAGUGACAAAUGUUCUAUGCAAGUACUCGGAAUAUGCCGAUGAUCUUCUCCAUUCACUGACGACUGAUCGUGCACGACCGUUUGUUGAAGUACCAGAACACGUAGUCGAGCCGCUGAAAAGGUUUCAUAGGCUCCCAGACCACAUUAUACAAGGCCUCAUUAACCACCUCGGGAGAGACAGCAUAUCGAAACACCAUGCAGCAAAAUGUAUUGGCUCCCAAGUGGUGCUCUCGGAACACAUUUUCCAAGCUCUAGUGGCUCUAACGAAGGACGAAGACGCAUUGAAAAGGAGAGGGGCAAUUGAAAGCCUCAUGCCUCAUUUGGAUCUUUCGUCAUCCCACACUCCUCACAUUGUUCUACCACUUCUAGAAGACCCUGUUAAAGAGGUGAGGAGCAGCGUCAUGAGCUCCCUUUCGUCCAGGACCGACGUACCAGAUACAAUUCUACGGGCUCUUUCACCUUAUCUCGCCUCGAAAAGGGCGUUUCUGACGGUGGACGCAGCAGAGACUUUGUAUAGAAACCCGAAGUUGCCACUUGAUAUUCUUGAACAACUUGUCCGGCAUCUUGACAAUUUCCAUGGUGUCUCGGCCCAGCUGCUCAUCACACAAGAAGCCUUGCCACCUACCAUUCUCGAAUCUCUUGCCCUUAUUCUUGGCGACGGGAGUGACCCUGAACGACGAUCGUUGGCGUGGGACGUAUUGAGAAAACGGGAAGACUUCUUUGCCAUGCUUCCAUUUCUGGCGGAAGAAUCAUUGAUCGUCCUGUUCAGGGGAUGGUUGACGAAGGCAAUUGAGGAAGAAAUAUGUUGCUACUUCCGGGAUAAUGUUCUCUACAUUGACCUACCUGAGCGACUGUGGGAAGUGCCGUUUGAGUGUACAGAGAGCCAAACAAAGCUUUGGGCUGCGUUGGAGAAAGCGCGAGUUGAGUUUUACACUUCCUUGCCUGAAAUUUCUUAGACGCAGGUUGGAUUUUGUUCAUGUUUGUAUACAUUCAGCAUAGAGGCUUUCUUACUUGAAUUGGAAAUAGACUACAUGGAAUUCUUCUUUUUCUCUGCUUCUAAUAGAAUGCAUAUCUUAGCUAUGGGAUGAGGUGCAUCAGAGAUACUUUAAGCUGACGGGGCUGUAGGUAGCAUCGUGAUAGAGCGUC